AGAAUCUCACGAACAUUUUCUGCUUUAAAGAAAGAGGGGAACAUGGCAAUAUCUCCCUCAAAUCUUCUCCCUUUUCAUUUUCAUAUAAAUCCACCCACAAACUUUGAAACCACACUACUUUUAAACUUUGACAUAUAGUAGCUCUGCAUUGCAAGAAAGCCAUUACCAACCAAAGACCCCGUCAAAAGAUACACCACACACACACAUAUUUUCUGGUGAUAUGGCAACGGCCGGCGAGAUCUUAAGGCGAAGUUUGACGGAAGAAGUUGGAUUUUCUAAAGGGUCUGUUUCUGGUUCAGAGGAGUUGCAUGUUCUUGCUGUAGAUGAUAGCUUUGUAGACAGGAAGGUUAUAGAGAGGUUGCUUAAGAUAUCAUCUUGUAAAGUGACUGUUGUAGAGAGUGGGAGUAGAGCUUUGCAGUAUCUUGGAUUGGAUGGAGAGAAGAGCUCUGUUGGGUUCAAUGAUUUGAAAAUCAAUCUCAUCAUGACCGAUUACUCCAUGCCGGGGAUGACAGGAUAUGAGCUGCUUAAAAAGAUUAAGCAGGAAUCAUCAGCUUUCAGAGAGAUUCCUGUAGUGAUCAUGUCAUCUGAGAACAUCUUGGCUCGUAUUGAUAGGUGUUUAGAAGAAGGGGCAGAAGAAUACAUACUUAAGCCAGUGAAAUUGUCAGAUGUGAAACGAAUUAAAGAUGUUAUAAUGGGAGGCGAUGGAGAGCAAAAGAAAAGGAGAAGUGUUAGGAAGAGAGGAAGGGAAGAUUGUUUCUAUUCAUUAUCACAACCACAGCUUGUACAAUCAUCCUCGUCCCCUGCUUUUGAUUUUCUGCCGUCCGAACUUCAGUCUUCAUCACCGUUUUCUACUUUGAGUUUGUCAAAGAGGCCUAAAUUGCAAACCAGAGACUAAUUCUGCAGUCACAUGGAUUGGAUUGGCAAUUUUGUUAGGUCUUGUUUAUACUCAAUAGCACACCCUGCUUCGGACAGGAGAUCACUUUCCCAUGUUUUGCUCAUACUUGGCUGACUUAACCUGACAUGAAGAAUUGAUCAGCACAUGAAGAAGCAAGUGUAGGGAAACCGUGAAAGGGAUUUGAAGAACACAUUAAGAAAUUCUUUUGUUGAUAUUCUUUAGAAGAUGGCAUUUUGUGUGAAAUUGCUAUUGCUAGAGGGAUUGCACCACAAUCGUGCAAUCGAUUAUUGUAGCCUGGCCAUCUGAAUGGGUGCCAUUGUUUUACUAAUUUUGGUCUUCAUCAAUGCUCGGGCUUGCUUUCUGAUAGGCCAACACAUUAAUAAACACUUAAGCACAUAUUUGUUA